CAAAGAUUUGAACAUGAAUUCAGGCUUUAAAGUCCUUCAAGGCAGUCCUGUCCCUAAGAUUUAUUUUGAUGUUUUGAUAGGUUACAAUCUUUAGAAAAAUCUAUAAUAUUAUUUUUAGGGGCACCCCCGCCCUGGGGUCGAAAUUCACCAAAAAAUAGGUAUUACUUGUGCUUAGAACAGCUCAGUCAGCAACACUGCUGUCACAGAGGUUCCUUUUUGUUAAGGUUCGAAUCCACCUCAUGGAAUACUUUUACAUUUUUCUUUCAAUUUGGCCUUUCCAACACUCUUUUUUAAAAUAAUUUUUUUUAUAAAAAUAUACUUUCCUUCAAUAAUCUAGUUAAAAGAUGCAUGUUCAUUCUUUACAUAAAACGCAUUUAUGAGAAAACAAACUCCCUGUACACAAAUGCAAUCAAGUGGAACUAUAUCUCAAGGUAGCAGACUUUGUUCUAAGGACAAUCAUCAUUUAUUCUGUGUUACUUGACAAGUACCUGUGUGAUGUAUAAAAGAAUGCUGAGUUUAUAUAAGGUUUACACUACCUCAGAUUUCCAUUUUAUAAUUUUGAAUUCAUGCAUCAAUCAUAUGUUUUAAUGUUGAAAGAAAAAAUAUAUAUAAACAAGUAAGCAAUUUGUCCCAAAGUGAUUAAGAUUGGAUAUUCUCAUUACAAAAAUAUAUAAUAUCAUUAAACUCAAACAAUACAUGUAUCAUGCUACAUGUACAUUGUAAUAAGAGAUCUACUAAAACUUUCCUCCUAUAUUCACAUACUAAAUUAAAGGCAUUGUGAAAAACAACUCCAUUGCAUUUGUUUGGCCUAAAAUCAUAUGGAUGAGCUUUUUGUAAAGACUAAAACAAAAUCUGGCCCAAUAGGUUUUUUCUUUUAUUACCCUGAAUUGAUCCGUUCCUUUUCUGCAUUCUAAGCUAAAUUCUAAUAUUUAGCAGCAGUAUAAAACAACACAAAUGCCCCUGAAAGUGCCCAUACUCACGAAAGUCUUUGCAUAACAUAGGUAACAUUAACACUAUAUGACUACUUUAGACCCGCCCUUGAGUCAAAAUCGUGAUUGCGAAAUUCACAAUUUCGGUACAUCCCUAGUUUUUCUUACAGAUGAGCAGUUACAGAGGAAAAUUUUGUGAAACAGGUCCAUUUUUGGCAGUGUUUGUCCCACCCGUAAACACCGUGGAUGCAUGAGUUCUGAAAUUUACAAUUUAUGACCCCCUUGUCCCAAAGAUGCUUCAUACCAAAUCUGAAAAGAAUUGGAAAUAUGGAAUCAAGUUAAAAAUGAUGAUUGUGAACCCACAAUGGAUAACACCGGAUGCAAACUAACAGCAAUUUAGGUCACCUGAGCAACGUGACCAAGAAACAAAUAUCUAGUCAUUGUUCACAUCCAGAGUAGGGGCUGUUCUGAUGUUGUAUGAAGAUACAUAUAACAAUGAUUGCAAAGAUCGAUAAACAGCUUAACGGAUAGGCGAGUAACAGAUUACUUGUUGUUUAUGUCACAGAAAACACCAUCCCAGGAAACAGGAAGUUCAACACUUGUCGGCACAAUAACACUCAACACCACUUUAAAAUCGGGUAUAGUGUGCUUUCUAAAUGUUAUAUAUUCUUUUUAAAAAAAUAUCUUCUGUAUAAUCAAAUCCUCGUCCGGGAAAAUAAUGCAAAUCAGGGAAAGCCUCUUCCAAGAAGCAGGGGACUCCUCUCCGUAUCUACUGUCUAAUACUGUAGGUUGUUGGUGAAGUAUCGGGUGUAAGUUAAUUCAGGAUGGCGGAGUCGGGUCCCCCAGGAGGGUCUGGCAUGGGUCAUUCCUUCAGUAGCAGUAUGUCCGACAGUGCCCGACAACGAUACCUACAGAGCAUGAUGGCUGGCAUCAUGGAGAUGGGAAUGGGAGGAGAAAAUUCGGACGUAGAGAUCAUUGUUGAGGGUCAGAGCUUUCCGUGUCAUAAGCUUCUCCUUGCUGCAGGUUCACCGUAUUUCAAGUCCAUGUUUAGUUCAGGCUUUCUGGAGACUACCAGUAACACGUUGGAGUUGCCGGAUAUAGAAAAAGCCACAUUCGAGGCCUUUAGAACCUACAUAUACACCGGACAAGAAAACAUCAGCAGAGACAAUGUGGUGGAACUCCUCAGGGCCGCUGCUUUAUUCCAGGUACAGGCCCUGCAAGAAUCAUGUGAAGAAUUCCUUAGCAAAGAGAUGGAUACAGAAAAUUGUCUGGAAAUAUUCAAACUGGCACGACAAUUUGGGUGCAAUAUCUUGCUUGAAAAAUGCCGGCCGUAUGUGAUGGAAGGCUUUAAUGGACUGUGGAAGACAAAGGAAUUUGAUGAACUGGAUAUGGAUGACAUUUUGAGUAUCGUCAGGGAUGAUGAUCUGGUUCCCGUGGAUGAAGAACAAAUCUGUGAGGCAGUCUUACGGUGGGUAAAAGCAGACGAGCAGAACAGAGUGAAAGAUAUUGCCAAACUCUUCAGACAUGUGAGAUUGAUCAACAUUAGCCCAGAGUAUCUUCUAAGUGAAUUAUACCAAGAAAAGUUGUUGAUAGAGGACGACAAUUGUUUGCAAUAUCUUGACGAAACUAGGGAUUACCACAUGCUACCAGCUCGACAACAAGAGUUCUGUUCAUCAAGAUUUCACCUACGCAGCAGUGAUGAUUUUGAGGAAGUUACUAUGGUGAUUACAGAAUACGACAUGGAAAGAUCAGGAUCAUUCUAUCAGGACGGCAAGUGUCUGUGGGCCUUCAGUUUUAACCAGAACCGAUGGUACACCUUAGCACCAAUACCUCUGGAUCAGAACCCUGGUCUGGAUUUUCAGGUCGUGACCUUUAAAUGUGAUCUGUAUCUGGCAGGAGGAACAAAUAAUUCCAAGAACCUGCUCCACUACGAUUCAGAACGAAAUGAAUGGAAUUUGUGUGAAGCUCAGAUGAAGAGAGGACGCUCUUGUCAUGUGAUGGCAGCUGUGAGAGAGUCAAUCUACAUCAUUGGAGGUAAAAAUCCAAAAGCCAAGGAGGGAAAGAACGUACUCGGCUCCAUAGAGGAGUACAGCAUUCGCGGGAGGAAGUGGAGAACUAUGGGAGAACUGGUGACUCCUGUCCACUCCGCAGCCUCCACAGUUAUCGGAGAACUGAUUUUUGUUUUUGGAGGCAUUGAUCAAAAUGGACAAUUUGUCAAGACCAUUCAGGUUUUUGAAAUCCGCACACGGGAAUGCAAGGUCGUAGGUCAGCUGGAUCUGGAACAACCUAUAACUGUGUCAUCCUUUGGACAUUUGAACUUUAUUAUAACUGCUAAGGGUGACAUUGCUAAGUUUAAUAUUGUGAAAAAAGACGACGACUACAAAGCUAAAUUCCAGACACUGAUGAAACUGUCUCCCUCCCAUUUACCUUUACUGGGAUUCACGCACUACCGUGGCAGAAUACUGCUGCUCUCCGCCACGGAAAAAAAGAAAGAUGCAUUCUCGCAGAUGAUACAAAUUAACAUGCGCAAGUCACCUAUGAGGGUCGAGAAUGUGACUCCCAGAAAUAAUACAAAACCAAAGCCGAUCCAUGCCUGCGCAAGAAACAUCAUCAACAAACAAUUCUUAUACCACACUUACUUCCAAUGAUUUCAAUUACACAACUUAUCACGUGUAGUUUACUUUCAAUCUUUUCACUGAAUUUUCAAAGUUUUUUUCGGAUCUGAUGUUUGUUGUUUUGUGUCAGUUGUACUGUGCAGGUUCCUUAAGUGUCAUUAAAUGAGGAUUAUUUAUUUUUCAUAGCCCCUGUAUAGGAAAUAUGUUUUGCAUUCCACAAUGUUUGUCUGUCCAUCUGUCUUUGUUCAUUUAUGCUAGGUAGAUGUCAUUGCUGGAUACAAUACCAAGUAUGAAUAUCACAUACUAUGUUAUAUUGUUCUACUUUAAAAGAAGUAUAGUGUGUAAUAAAUCCCAUCUCAUUUUUGCAUUUCAUUCAGCUGUGCAGGGGAAAUUUGUAAAAUUCACAUUUAUAACAGUGAUGAUGAUGCAAGACUGCCUUUUAGUUGAAUGUUUACAUAUAUGCAUUAAGCAAAAUACCUCACUUAUAACUAGCAGUUAUUUUAUCAAAGUAACAUCUGUCCUCUCUAUUGUAAAAUCUCAUAUGAAAUCUCCGUUUUACUCUCUUACAAGUGGAUGUAAUUAUAAAUCAGUAAAACAUGACGAAAUAUGUGUGACCUGUGUUUAUAUAAAAAUUUAUACAUUAUA